AUGGAAAAGGAAAUAGUAGAAGACCAUGAGCAUGAUGCACAAGAAGAGACCAAGGCAAUGGCAAAAGCAGCAACACAGGAGGAGACGACGGGUGUUGAUCAUGACACCAACAACAAAGUUUCCAAGAUGGAUAUUCUUGAUAAUGCCAAACCAACGGCGACUGACAAUGUUGCCUCUAAACCAAAAACGUUAGACUCCACUCUAGAGAAAGAUGACAUUUUAAAGGAGACCCUCUCGCCUGCCAAACAAGAGGAAACACCUGGACCAUUUGACUGUGAGGCAGCCACUGUGGCAGCUUCUACAGUGGCAGAGCCCUUGAUAUUGCUGAGGGAUGGGAGACAACGACAGCAGGUAUCUCGUCCUGGAGCGUACAUGGGAGCACCUGGAGAAGAUUUGCAACGCACAACAACUCUGAACUAUGACCUGGUCAAUGCUGGUAGGGACACUUCUAGACCCAUGGAAAUGCCCCGAAUUGUGCACAGUACCGUUUGUAGUGGUGCACAACUGGCACAAGCAAAUCCUGUAGAAGAUGACGACACUGGCAACUUGAUGCAUGCCAAUCCAGUCGAUCUGGAAGCCGCCCAGCGUCGGCAACAAGAACAGAAGAGUCAACAGCAAUUCGGAAUUGCCGCAUUGAUGUGGUUGCUACUUGCUGUGGCCAUUAUUGUGGGGUUUGUGGUUGGAACCCAGAAACAAAAAGAGCCAGAUGUUAUCAGUUCCACAGAGACACCCACUGCCUAUGGUUCCAUGGAACCUUCCAAAGUGCCAACGUCCGCCCCUACAGGCGUUCUUGAUUGGCUUUUGGAUAACCUACCAGAGUACACCUUGGCCAGCAUCAACGAUGGCAGUGAAACCCCCCAAUGGAAAGCAUGGAAUUGGCUUGCCAAUCAUCAAAACGUCACAUUUCUUCCAGAGUGGAGAAAAAUGCAACUCUUUGCCCUUUCUACGUUCUUUUAUGCUUUCGAGGGAGAAAAUUGGAACCCUCUCAUAAAGGAGCGAUGGAUGGAUGAAAGAAAGGGGGAGUGCGAGUGGUUCUCCAGUGGAUUUGGGGUUUUUUCGUUCAGCGUCUACCGUCCAAUACCAGACUCCUCAAGAGUUGAUUCAUGUGAUGGCCAUGGGAAAUUCACCUCUCUUUGGCUAUCAGGCCUCCACCUUUCAGCGGGUUUGACACCUGUGGUUCCGCCCGAGAUUGAACUCUUGACGUCCCUGUCCCGCUUUGCUUUGGAAAAUAUUGAUAUUGCAAUGACAUUGUCUGAUAUGCUACCAACUGCAUUCUAUGAAAUGUCUUCCUUGACUUCUUUGAUAUUUUCCAGGGAUCAGCUGCAAGGCAGCAUUCCUACAGCAUUCUACAAAAUGACUUCCUUAGUGGAAUUGGAUUUGCUCGGAAAUCAGCUCACUGGCACAAUUGCGACAGAGUUUGCUAUGCUUGAUGCUUUGGUUGAUCUUCGAUUGGUUGUCAAUCAGUUCACAGGCCAGAUUCCAUCAGAUGUCGGGCAGAUGACUGCUUUGGACCAAAUUGAUUUGGAAUCAAACGAAUUGUCAGGUCCGAUUCCUACCGAAAUGGGACUACUGUCGGCUUUGACAAGAUUAGCUCUUCAUUACAAUCUGCUUACUGGCCAGCUCCCAACAGAAAUUUGGCGGUUGUCCUCUUUGAAAGAUCUUUUAAUGGGUGCUAAUGGUUUGACAGGUCAAAUUGCCACAGAGUUUGGACAGCUAAGCUUUUUGAAAAAGUUUGAUCUAGGCCAUAAUCAGUUCAAAGGGAAGAUCCCAUCAGAGUUUGGAUUGAUAUCAUCUAUGAGUGAGGUUGCUACGGGUUUAGGUGGUAUCUGGGUAGAGCGAAAUCAGCUCACUGGACAGCUGCCUACAGAACUGGGACAGCUGUUUUCUUUGUAUCGGCUCUCUUUUUAUGAAAAUGAACUAACAGGUCAGAUUCCUGCAAAUUUCGGGUCUCUGACCAAUUUGAGGACGCUUCUUGGAUCUGAAAACUUCUUUGGUGGAUCGUUACCAAGUGACAUUGGGUUGUCGACCUUACUGUUGACGCUUGAUCUUUCCAGCAAUCAUUUGACCGGAACACUCCCGAGUGAGAUUGGCUCCAUAUCAUGGCACACCUUGUUGCUUCAAAACAACUCCCUCACAGGAACUCUUCCGCAGGAACUGAAUUCCUCUGGUAUUGCCAAUCUCAGACUUGAUGGGAAUGAAUUCUCAGGGAUAGUUCCAGAACACCUUUGUUCUUUUCUGUGGUGCGAUUAUUGUUCCACAAACUAUACUUCUCCUGUGUCGACCUGUGUGGACCUGCAGACAUUCCCAGCCUGGCCAGGAAGGUUUCCACCCAUGUGUUUGGAACGAUGUACCAACAACAUUGUGCUCAACAUGCAACUUGAUGCGCAAGCCGCUGCAAUUUCUUGGGGCUGGCAGGAGAAAACAAGUGUGUUUGGCGUUUGGAACCAACUGGAAGGAUCGAGCAGGAUUCCUUUUGGUCAGUAUUCCCUGAACUCCUUCCUUCUUGAUGUCACCCCAAACACGGCGUAUCAGCUUGUUGUAUCUGAUCUUUUUGGUAAUGGCAUUUCUGAUGAUGGAGAUUCCAGUGAGUUGGAACCCGGUAUGUACCCAGGUUGGAUUUCACUGACUGCAGCCAAUGAAACAGUCCUCUUUUCAUUUGGCAAUGAUGCUUUCUCUGAAUUGAUGGUGGAUGUUUUAGUUGGACCUGAUGGGUCUGUCCAAAUCACAAAUACCACCACUGUCUUGAAUCGAUGCAUUAUCACUGAUGUAGGACUAGAAUGUGAUGAUUAA